AUGGUAUCUGCACUUUAUAUCCUUCAUUGGCCUGAUUCGGAUCUGGAGGUUCUUCAUAGCGAGUUAUUACUUCAACGAAGGUAUCAGAAUGAUAUACCGAAUGAUUCGAAAGUAUUGAGUAACUUUGAUACGUUGUAUAAGAAGUUACAACCUCAUGAAAGGACUCCAUUCUUGUUUUAUCAUGGUAUCAAUUAUGUUUAUAUACGAGGAGAUCAUGAUAUAAUUCUAUUGGUGGUUGCAUCUAAGAACAUUAAUGCUAUGCUGAUAGUAGUGUUCUUAAAGAGAUUCUACGAGGUUUUAUUCAAUUACUUAUGUCAAUCAACUACAGUUUCAAAGGAUAAAGAAGAAGAAAAGAUCUUACAUUCUAAAUUGGAUAAGGAUAAGAUCUUAGAUAAUGUCAAUUUGAUCUUUGAAUUAUUAGAUGAAUGUUUGGAUUUUGGGAUUAUUCAAAUCACAGAUUAUAAUAUAUUAAAAGAGUUUAUCAAAGUUGAAGCCAAUCUACCGAAAUUAUCAUCAUCGAAUGUGGAUGAUUCUGAUGAAGAAGAAGAAUCAUCUCAUAUCAACAAAUCAAAAUCAAAAUCAACUAAAAUCGUCAAAUCACCAUCAACAGCCAAUAAUAAAGAUAUAAAAUCAACUCAUAAUCAAGCUAUACGAACAGAUGUGAUAGAAGAACAACAUGACGCAACCAGUCAUAUUAAUAGUGCCAUUCUAAGGACAUAUUCUCUGGCAAUAAAUUGGAGACCAAAAGGAAUCUUUUAUCCUAAAAAUGAAGUUUAUAUCGAUAUCAUUGAACAUUGUGAAUUCAUGUAUGAUUUAGAAACUGAUAUCAUCAGGCGAAAUGAUAUUUAUGGUACUUGUGAAGUUAAAUCAUACUUAUCUGGAAUGCCAGUUUGUAAAUUAGGUUUCAAUGAAAGAAAUAUGUCACGAAUUCAGAAUGAUGAGUAUGAUGAUGAACAUGAGGAACAGGAAGAAAUCCCAGAGAACCAGUUAAAACCAGAAAGGAACGAAGUUGAUGAUGACGAAGAUGAGGAGGAGGAAGAAGAGGUUACCAUCACAGAACCAGAGGAAGAACAAGAAAAAUCGAAAUCCAAUGUUGUACAAGAAAAGAGAUUUCAUAUACCGAUUAGAGAUAUUCAAUUCCAUCAAUGUAUCGAAUUAGCCACUAUUUAUCGAGAUAGUUUAGUUACAUUCAUACCUCCAGAUGAUAAAUUCACUUUAAUGACAUAUCAUGUUGAACAACAAAGACAAAAGAGAAAAUUACCCUUAAUCAUGAUUAAACCUACCUUUCGAAUCAUACAACAUUCCAAUAAAUUACAAAUUCUUUGUGUUUUAAAUACAAAUUUUAAAAGACGACUUGUUUGUAAAGAUAUUAUAGUUAAAAUUCCUAUUGAUCCUCAUAUUUUUGAUAUUAAUACUGAUUUUAAAACUGAAUCAUUGAAAUUUAAAGCUGAAAUGGGAGAAGUAAGUUAUAAAAUUGAUUCAUCCGAAUUAUGUUGGAUGAUUGAUAAUAUUCAUGGAAAGAAAUCAGUUCGGAUGAUGGCUGAAUUAGGUUUAAUUGGUAGCGAAAGUAUAACCAUGCAAUUAAUAGAACAAUUCAUACAGAACAGACAUACAACUAUCAACGGAGAAAAGUCAAAUGGUGGAGGUGGGGGAGACAAAGCGGUACCGGAGAAUAAUGAUCAUGAUGAUACCAUCGAAGAAUUAGAUAAGUUUUAUGGAGUUCAUGGUCAGUCAUCCACCGUGCUGGAUGAUAUCAAACGAUUAUCUAAAUUAAGAUACGAUUAUAAUGAAAUCCAAGUUAAUUUCAAUAUACCAAUGCUAAGUUACUCCGGUUUAAAAUUAACUUAUCUAAGUAUUGAAGAAGAUCAAUUGAAAUAUACUUGUUUCCCGUGGGUAAGAUACCUCACAAAAUCUCGAAAACGAAAUUUAAAUAACGCAGUAAAUACGAUAGAGAAUGGAAAAUCUGGGGAUAUUAAUAAAUUAAAUAAUAGUGUUAAUGAAGACUAUCGAUUUAAACUUGGUAAGAGUUGUUUCCAAUUAUUGAAAUAA